AUGGAUGACUUGAUCGUUACUUGUUCAUGUCCGAAGUUGCUGUUAGAGGCUGUUACAAUUCUUCUCUCUGUGUGCCGUAAAUACGGCUUCCGUUGUCAGCCUAAGAAGUGUCGUAUUGGAGUCCCCACCGAGCAUCCUUGUAAGGUACUCGGCUUGAGAUGGAACCCUAGCGACACACUUUCCGAUUGUGAAGGCCCUAACUUCCCACCUUGUGUCUUGGCCCUAUCCGAGGACAAGGUCCUUCUCACACGCAGAGACGUUAUGAGCUUAAUUGCUCAGUGUUACGAUCCGCUGGGAUUCCAAAGUAAUUUGCUACUCCGUAUGCGUCUUAUCUUGAGGCGUGAACUGGAGAAAGAUCCGGUGUCUGAUUUAGACGAGUUCAUUGGUGUUGAAGCCUUCAAGACACUACAGGCUACUAUGAUGGACUUCGACAAUUCUCUACCUAUCCCUCGAGUACUAAAGCUGGCUGCGGAUUCCACAUUCUACUUAUUUUGUGAUGCCUCGGGGUUUGGCAUCGGUACCAUUAUAUGUGAUUCCGAUUUUAAUCUAGUCCGCUGUAGCGCACAUUUAAUUCAGGCAGUUAAGCUGCCAUGGUCUAUAGUUCGUAAAGAGCUAACAUCGUGCUUAGAAGUGGCUUGUUUGUAUUCUGAAACCACUCGCGCGAUGGAGUCUGUUAACUUGUCUGUGCCUACACCGGAACUGUACACCGAUAACGAGGCCAACUACCACCGGACCGGUGGCUUUGACCAACCGGUGGCACCGGUUGGUCAAAGCCUUCAAGCUUUUCUCUCAGUCGAAGGACUACGAUGUCUUUCGAUCUGGCUGGAAAUCAUCUGCGCCUGCUGCAUGGGAGUUGCGGACUCUGUUCAAGAUCUCCCAGCUCUUGGUUCCGCGUGGUGGGAAGGUAUUCCAUCUACCUGGUAA